AUGAGUGCUUGUUUACAAUGUAGACUUUGUGCUGAGUGGAAAGUUGGAAAUGAAUUGUUAAAUAUUAAACACGAUAAAGCAAUUCAAUUAAAAUUAGAAUCAAAAAUUCAACAAUGUUUAAAUUUGAAUUUCGAUAACUUACAAUUACCCAAUAAUGUUUGUUUAUUAUGUUGUGAUAAAGUUGGAUCUACGUAUGAUUUUCAAGAACUUGUAAAGAAAGCUCAACAAAGUAUAUUAGAAGCAAUUGCAGAAAAGAAAGUAAAUUUAAAAACUGAAUUAACAGACACGGAAAAUGACUCGUACCAAUAUGUUGAAACAGUAUUAAAUGAUUAUGAUGACGACAUCGAAGUAAAAGAAGAAGUGAAAGAUGAAGAAAAUUCCGAAGUUAAUGACGCUGAAAAUGAUACUGACGUGAAAGAAGAAGAGCAAAACGAAAAAAAGUCAGAUGAAAAUUCUUCCCCUCGAAAGAAACGUAGUAAAAAGGUACAAGUUUUGGAUCCAGAAAUUGCUAAACGAAAAGCUAAAAGAAGCGCACUAAUACAACGUACAAAAGAUGCAUGGAAAAAUUAUAAAUGGAAAUGCGCAACAUGUGUAAUUGAAUGCCCCUCUGUAGAAAAUUUACGUAAACAUUUCACAGAUGAACAUAAACAGAAACCAGUUUAUAGUUGUACAGAAUGUGGAAAAACGUACGAUGUAUUUACAACUUUCAAAAAGCAUGUGAAGAAACAUAGAAAUAAGUACAGUUUUAAAUGUGAAAUAUGUUCCCGUUAUUUUAAUCAACCAUAUCUUUUAAAGAAUCAUAUGCGAAGUUGUCACUCAAAUGAUAGAAAUUAUACAUGUCCAAAAUGUGGUAAAACUUAUAAAACGUCUGAUUACUUACAAAAACAUUUAAAAUUCCAUGAGCCUGAUUUAAAACCUCAAUUUGAAUGUGAAAUAUGUAAUAAAAAACUAUCAUCUAAAGCUAGUCUAACAUAUCAUCAAAAAUUGCACUUGGGCGAAAAAGAUUUUAGCUGUGAACAAUGUGGCAAAACCUAUUUUAAUAUUUGUUCAUUACAAUACCAUAUAGCAACCGUACAUUCCGAGGCGAAACCAUUUAGUUGUGAACAAUGUCAGAAAACAUUCAAAACAAAACGUAUUUUAGAAUGUCAUAUACGUGUUCACAGUGAUGAGAAACAGUAUGCGUGCGAAGUAUGUGGUAAACGAUUUCUUAGAAAAGAAGCACUAACGCAACACUCAACUGUACACACAGGAGUAUUACCAUUCCAAUGUCAAUAUUGUUCGAAAAAAUUCAGAACGAAACCAUUGUUAACGAAUCAUAUCAGACAACACACAGGUGAACGUCCAUAUUCAUGUUUGGAAUGUAAUCAUCAUUUUGCAAAUUCCUCGAAUUAUAUUAAACAUAUGAGAGGAAAACAUGGUGUGAUGAGUACAAGAAAAAAUGCUAUUUCAAAACUUGAUUCACCUCCUGUAUAAAAAUUGGAAAAUUUAUUUACGCAUAUGUGGCCUUCAUUGUGUUUUUCGUAUUAAGUAUAUUCAAUUUAAUUGUAAUAAAUCCGUUUUUAAAUUUUUAUUUAAUGUUUAACGAUUAAAAACUUAAAUUAAUAAAACUAAAAAUAA